UGAUGAACGACUCUCGCUACAUCGGCAUUUGCAUCUACAACACCGUGGUUCUGGGGGUGAUGGGGGUGGUAGUGAGCCUCUCCCUCAGCCAGGAGGUCCUCAUCCACUACUCCCUGGAGUCCACCAUCACCAUUCUCACCACCACCGUCACCCAGACCCUCAUCUUCGUCCCCAAGAUCACUGCAUACUGGAGUCAGAGACGCCGAGAGAAAGGAACAUCUCGCCCAGUGGUGAAGACUAUUCUCUUGUAGAGACGCGGAUACCCCUUUGUUGUAACCUCACGGUGGACGUGACUGCUCAUAAUGUAACAUAGGAGAUGCCCAGGUCAAUACGCCCGGCACAGUUGGGAUGGAUGGUAAUUGAGAAGUCUGAAUAUGAUGAACAUGUCGCUGUGGAGAACAGCACCUCUGAUACUAAGAUGACGUCACAGGGAUUUGGGACAUAUUGCCCAUAACGGUACGGGUAUUCCUGGAAGUAUUUUCAGUAAUUCUCAGUGAACAUCAAAACUUUUGCUGCCUGCUGAUUGGCGUUUAACGAAGAUUGUUCCAUUGUUUUGAUUGUUUGCGAGGGGGCCCAAAGCAUUGAUGCAAAUAAUUGAAUAUGACGUCGUUCAUUGUUCUGACAUCAUUGACAAUUUAUUGUGCCGUCGUCCCAACAAUAGACUAAUAGAGUUGAUGCCUCCGCUUUUUUUCCAUUUUCUCAGAUAAAUGUUUUCUAGGUGAUAUGAAGCGGUCUACGAGUAUCGUAAAAUUAUAUUAAAGUAUGGGAUACACGAUAGUCGUAGCCGUAGAGUUGUUUUUUGGAAUAAGGCCUGGUUUAUAAUAAUUAGAAAACAAACAAUCCCCAAAAUAAAAGUGAUAUAAUUGAUAUUAUUUCAAGGAAAUUCACUGGCUCACUCAGUAACUCAAGUGGCCACUCACUUCGUCAC